GUACGCUACACCCGGAACUAUAGACGUCUACGUUGUUGACAGGGACACAUUUGCUCAGCACACAGCCCGCGUUUCUUUUGCUCGGCCAAAACCACAGUUUAUCCCAAUUCUUUGCUUUUGAACAGCAUAUUAUUGCGUUGACGCUCCCGUUCAACUGAUGACCUAACGCAGUAAAUGAUUGCUUGUUUUAAAGUGUGUCACGACAAUGUUUCUAAAGUUCUAGAGGACUGGUAAAUGUUUCAGGGACAGUUCCUAGUUACUGGUUACAGUUACCUAACAGCACCUGGUGUUAGCUAGUUAGCACCAGGUUCUGCUCAAACCUGGUGGACGUUCGUCGCUUCGGUCUGUGGUUGAACUACUCUACAUUUAAGCCUGUUUCCCAUUCAGAGCUAUGCCUCCUAACAAACGGAUCCAUGACAAAACGCUGACGCUGGUUUGCGAGUGGAGCUCGUGCCAGGAGUCGUUCAGUCAGAUGGAUCAUUUCUGCAAUCAUGCGGAAACUCACUUUGAUGCUCUGAACGCGGCGCAGGAGGACGAAGAAGAGACAGAAGGGGUGAGAAACUGUCUUUGGAAAGACUGCGGGUUCUGCUCCGUGGAUGGUCCUGAAGAGUUGCGCAGACAUCUUUUCUUUCACUGCUACCAUUCAAAGUUGAAGCAGUUGGGCCAGCAGGUGCUGAAAGGCCAGCCACAAAUAGGGACCUGCUCCAUCUGCCACCAGAACUGCAACCUCAUCCCUGAUAUCCCAGACAAUUUCAUCUGUCUGUGGGAGGACUGUGAGCAACCGCCGUAUGAAAACCCAGCGUUUUUCUAUCGCCAUGUGGAGAUGCACAGCCUGUGCGUUGACGUACCAGCAGGAGACCACGCGUUCUCGAUACGCUGUGGAUGGAAAGAUUGUGAAGCCACUGCUAAAGGGCGUCCUAAGCUUCGGGAGCACCUGCGCAGCCACACCCAAGAGAAGGUGGUGGCGUGUCCGGGCUGUGGGGGGAUGUACGCCAACAAUACCAAGUUCUUUGACCACAUCAUACGACAGAGCGCCAUGGAAGGACAGAGGUUCCAGUGUUCCCACUGUUCCAAACGAUUUGCGACCGAGAGGCUACUAAGAGACCACAUGAGAACCCACGUGAGCCACUACAAAUGCCCGCUGUGCGACAUGACUUGUCCUUCACCCUCUUCACUUCGCAACCACAUUAAGUUCCGCCACAGUAACGAGAAGCCGUACAGCUGUGAUUACUGUGAAUACAGCUGUAAGAAUCUAAUCGACCUGCGUAAACACCUGGAUACCCACAUUAGUGACCCGGCGUUUCACUGUGAUGUUCCCAGCUGCGGCUUCACCUCUCGCACUCUCAGCACCAUGAACAUUCACCACAAAAAAGAGCAUACGGGUAAUUUUGUAGCUCGCUACAAAUGCCACGUGUGCGAGCAGUGCUUCACCCGGGGCAAUAGCCUAACUGUCCAUCUGCACAAAAAGCACCAGUUCAAAUGGCCCUCCGGACACCCACGCUUCAGGUACAAGGAGCACGAGGACGGCUUCUUGCGGCUGCAACUGAUUCGCUACGAAAGUGUGGAACUGACAGAGCAGCUGAUGAGGGAAAGACAAAGUAGUCAAGCGGAGGAGGAGGAGGAGGAUGACAGUGGUCAGAUUGAGGGCGAAUGCCCGGGGGCAGCUCCCGCAGAGCUGCAGGUAGAACUGAGAGGGGUGCUGCUGGAGGAGCAGAGGACUGAGGAGCCCACCGCCAGUGUCGAUGAGGCCAGUCAGGUCACGUUGUACGUUCUCACUGGAGGUUCAUCACAAGAAGGGGACUAGGACUCUGACAUCAUUGCACGUCUUCUGACCCAUUUUAAUGGGGGUUUACUGUUUAUUGUGUUGAUACUUAAUUUUCUAGUAUUUAUUAUUUUCGAGUUAUUCAUUGUAUCUUAUUCUGUAACGUGUAGACAGUUGGAUGCUAAUGGUGCACUGCCUGGUGAGUUGCCAGCAACUUUUACAUGGAAAUGCUGUCCCACAUAUUCAGAAAUACAUCCGCCUCAGUGUGUAUUUUAUAUCCUUCAUUUACAUCAAUGAAUAAAGUUGUGACAUUAAAAUCACCUUGGAAAUGUAUUCAUCUUAUUCAGACAUUUUAAAUAUUGCGCAAAAAUGAGCCGAACUAAGAGGAAUAUGCAUCAAUUUGCUUUGAAUCACAUGGUUUACAAAAAGCUACAUUCAUAGUACUAUCUGAAAUUCAUUAUAGUGCCCCCUUGUGAGUAACUGCUAUACUGCAACUAUUUUAUGACUACAUCGGGCACUGCUGGAGGAGAAAUGUCAUCCAAUAUGUAGUCAAACGGUUAUAAGGUGUAGAAAUAUUCACUCUUCAACUAGAUAGACUAUUUGAAGGUAUAUUUCUAUGUUCCUCCAUUUGACCAAAUAAUAUAGUAAAUUGUAAUCUUAUCCAAGGUACGUACUUACAACAUCAGGUGUUCUGUAUCCAAACACCAAAACAACUGCUUUCCAUAAACAUCCAAAUAAUGGAGACUUCUCAUUGGAAAAGCUCUGUUGAGCAGGUGACCUAAAUCAUGACAUCUUGGCUUUAGCAGUGUGGAAGAUUAGAGGCAGCGAGCAGAGCUUAGCUGAAGUGCUGCUCUCUGCUUCUUCACUCUGCAGUCAGUGAACUCUGCUCUACUGGGACGGCUUCUAAUGGCUUUGUUUCUGUUGACUUUGCAAGAAUGAUGAUGAGUUGAAUGCUGCUGGGCAGCUCUAGAACUUUGACUCAGCUCCCACAUCCAUCAUCUUUUUUUCUACAGAAACGGGUUGCAUCUGAAGAUGGACGCCAUGAUGUUACAUCCACGGCUGUUGCUGUUGUUUGGGUCCUUCCAAUUAGCCAAUUCUCAGUUGCCUGGAUGGAUUGGGGAGGUGGAAGGUAGUGGUAAGAACUCCUCUAAUGGCAGUAUGAUUUCAUUUUUCAUUCAUGUUUUGUCAUGUUUGUUUCUCUAGAAUAACAGUGAGGUAUUACUUAAUGCUCUCUUUAAAGUCUAGAAUUUGCACUUUGUUCUGGUUCUGCACCCUCUUGGUUGAAUGCAGUCGCCUUGGAUAAAAGUAUCAGCUAAAUGAUAAAUCUAAAUGUACAUUCAGAAACAUUUCCAAUACCUUUUAUAAAUGUUUGUGAUUUCUCCUGUGGUGGUACAUGAUAAAAAGCCAAUACGGAGACAGAGUGGAUUCCUCAACCAGAUCUCAUAGACGACGUGUAUUGGUCCGGGUCAGCGCCCCUUUGUUUGGCUGGCUGUAAGGCGCGACACCAGGAGUUGAGGAGAGAUCGCUGUGGAGACUCCACCUGCUGCUGGCUCGGCCAGAAGUCCCUAUGCCGAGUGAACUGUGGGAGGCCAGAUGUGGACUACAAUGGAGUGCUUCAUGGUAACGACUGGUGGGUGGGCUCUGUGGUGAGGUACACCUGUCGCUCUGGCUUCAUGCUGGUGGGAAAACCCACCAGAAUCUGCCAACCUAAUGGCCUCUGGACCCCGAAACCUACCUGCCUCAGAAUGUGUCGGCGGGGACGCAUUGAAAUCAGCGAGAGGGAACUUAACGGGACGUGCAACUCCACCUGUGCAUAUAAGAGUUACUUUGGCCCACCAAAACAAGGCUGCUCUCGGAUAGACAACUGUAUGAAGAAGGAGAGUGGCUGGAAGCGCUUCUUUGCACAGUGCAUCCCGUGCAUUUGUGACUGUGCUUUGUCAUGUGCAUCCACUGGCUAGAAUAUGGAGAAGACACAACGCUACAAUACAGUGGGGUCCAGGUGAAGAAGAAAGACACAGACAGCUACGCGAAGCCACGCAACGCUUCAUCCAGUUGUGUGGACAAAUCAGCGGACUGAAAAUCUGGAUCUUUAAAGACAUUGAUUGGAUCUGUUUGGCACACUGAAGGCUACAGCUCCGCCUGGGUGUCCAAAGAUAGGAUUUUACUCAACGACGAGAAGAUAUCAGAGCUUGAAGGUUUGAAUCCUUCAGUAUGUGAACUAUCCAUGUUUUGUGAUAUAAGUUGGCGGCGGAGUCAGGAACAAUGUUAGAGGCAGUUUCAGAGUUGGGUCAAAUAAUAAUUUGAAACACUUCAAAUCAAAAAGGUUUUACUUGAAGUGGUGGUCUGUGUUUGAUAAGAGGCUUAUCGGAUGAGGCAAACGACCGCUCACAGGAUUUGGUAACUCAGACAGCAGCUUUCUGAAUUCAUUUUAUGUGAUGGGACUAUCUCACGUGCUUUCCUUUUACAUGAUUCUGUAAACAUGUUUGUGUUUCUAAAGAAAGAAUGACAUAAAGACAAGGAGAAAAGAGAAAGGGAAGUGAAACCACAGAGAUUAGUGUCACUGCUCGUCGCUCCUCCUCUCAUUCCCUCCGUCUCCGAAGGAGAUGAAACCUUAAUCUUGUUACUGGGGGAGGAGCUUUGGUUGAGGAAUCCGUUAGAGUCCGUUAACAUGACUUUUUGUUUUGGUGUGGUGCACCAUGUUCACUUUUGUAUGUGUUAAGCAUCUACUGUGAAAAUCUAUAUGUAAUAUUGCAAAAUGAAAUCUUUAUUUCU